CCACGGGUCCGGGGGCGGAGCCAAGCCAGGUUUUUCUAGCGUCCAGGCAUUGCAGGUCUCCAAGUUUGGCUCUCUAUCCUUAGCUUCUCCGUGCUACCCCGACGACAGCUGCCAAGAUGAUGUGUGGCGGGCCAUCCGCCACAAUGCCGGCCACAGCCGAGACGCAGGAGAUCGCCGACAAGGUGAAGUCCCAGCUCGAAGAGAAAGAAAAUCAGAAGUUCAACGUCUUUAAAGCCGAAUCCUUCAAGAGACAGGUAGUGGCUGGCACCAACUUCUUCAUCAAGGUUGAUGUUGGUGACAAUAAAUAUGUACACUUGAAGGUGUUUGAACCCCUCCCUCAUGAGAACAAGCCUUUGAGCUUGACUUCUUACCAGACCAACAAAGAAAAACAUGACGAGCUCACCUUCUGAUUCUGCGGUCCCUUUGCCGAGUACUUCACCCUUGGGACCUGUGUUUGGGACCACGGAGUAAAUGCGCCUCUGGGGUGGAGAGGAUGGGGCUGGGCAGCUUGUUUGUAAUUCCCAAACUGCACUGUAUUUUGCCUCCUUCCAAAUAAUUAUUUUCAGAAAACUGUA